AUGCAUCGCGGAUUGAUUAUCACAAUACAAACUGAUUGGUUGCGAGUGCUUCGAAGCUUAGCGAGAUUGCUAUCGAAGCUUUCUGACUCAAGGUUUCCAGAUCUGAACUCGAAUGGAGCCAAGUCAAGUGCGAGUGCUUUGGAAAAUCCGUCGAGCGUUUACUACCUCCAUCUAGGUGAAAAUCCUGGAGUUUCUAUAGUGUCAGUCGUGUUGAAUACCUAUAAUUAUAACUCCUGGUCUAGAUCUAUGAAGAGAGCUUUGAGAUCGAAGAAUAAAAUCGGAUUUAUUGACGGCACACUUGCUAAACCAAUUAAGAACCAUCCUGAGUUUGUGGCGUGGGAUAAAUGUAACACGUACGUAGUGUCAUGGAUUAAUUUGUUACUAAGCAGUGACAUAGCUCAGAACGUAGCUUGGCACGAGAGUGCGGUAGAUCUGUGGCAAGAUUUAGAGUAUCGAUAUUACCAUGGAGACUUGUUUCGAAUUGUGGAAUUACAAGAAGAAUUAUAUGCUAUGAACCAGGGGGACUUGAAUAUUACAAAAUAUCACACAAAAAUGAAGGCAGUUUGGGAAGACAUUGAGAGUUUCGAACCUGUUCCAGUGUGUGUUAGCUGUGAUGUGAAUUGUGAAUGUGGACUUGAAGUAGUUAGAAAUUACCGAAAAAGAAACUAUGCGGUUCGAUUUUUGCGUGGACUGAAUGAGCAAUUUAGUGGCGUCCGAUCACAGAUCAUGCUGAUGAAGCCAUUUCCUGCUGUGAAUGAAAUGUUCCCUUUGCUUACUCAACAAGAGAGACAAAUCCAUGGGAUGGAUACUGAGACUAGGAGCUUCGCAGAUCUUGCCAAUUCCACUCACAAUUUUAACGAUAAUAGCGUCCCUAGAGGGAGAGGACAAGGAAUGCGGGGUGGAAGAGGUGGACGAAGUGGAAGAAACUCACCUAAGAGCUGCUCAUACUAUCACAAGGCAUGA